GCAGAGAUUAAUGUGUACUCCGUCGUAUAUUCUAUCUAUUUCCAAAACACAGAGAUAAGUCCUGUGUUAAAUCUCAAAUACGGAUUAGUUAUAUAAUGGGGCUCAGAAGGAUCAUAAAACCCCUCUUGGGCCAUUUGAGAGGCCGCCAUGAUCGAUCACCGACGUCUAUGAGUCCGUCAAAUGUCAGCAUACGGGCCCAUGACAGCUAUGAGUACCUCGCCAGUCCGGCGCAAUAUAACCCGUACCGUGGAACGAGCCACUAUUUGACCAUGACCAGCCAUGGUCAUAAAUUUGCAACUCCAAAACGAGAUGACUUACUGCCGCAUUCAUCCAUUGAGACUAGGUUGUGUAAGAAAUGCCGAAACCCGACAGUUUUAACCAGCGUCAAACCAUGGAAUGAAAGAAAUGCUGGACGACUAUAUUUGAAAUGCUCUCACUGUGGACUCUUCCAUAGCUGGGCUGACAAAGAAGGCAUGCAUGACCAAAAUCCCAUCUGUCGAUGUGGUCACCCAAGUCGACUAUCAAGCGCCGGUCCCCAUAAGAGAAGCGUACAAUAUUUUGAAUGUGCCUCUGGUUAUUGUGGUUUUUAUGUGGAGCCCUACAACUGGAAGAUUCCAGUCCCUUACCCUGAAAUGGAAGAUACCUGUCAAAGAAAGGUGAUUUGAGGAAACAAGCUGCUUAUCAGUGUCCUUUUCCUAUAAACUCGGGCGUCUUUUCUUUUGGUAAAAAUGGACUUCGUUUAUAUGUGUAUUUAAAUGAGUGGUUGGUAGUUAAGCAUGUGUUUAUUUCCAAGUUAGUGGAUACCCAAGCCGAUCACCC